AUGCGGGCAUUUCAACAGCAGGGUCAGUCACAUGAAGGAAAACAUAUCUGUCCAUUUUACCUAAAGAAUCGAUGCAUAUAUGGCGAUCGAUGCAUUAAUUCACAUUGUUUACCAGAAAACAAGUUCCAGACUUCAAAAUCUAUUCCUUGUAAAUUUUAUCUACAAGGUUCUUGUCAGAAUGGAAUCAAAUGUACAUUUUCACACAAUAUAAAUGCCAAUUCAUCUCAUACCUAUCGCAGAGAUUUGAAGGAAGCCAUUUACUCAAAAUAUUCAAACAGUCAGUCAAAUAAUCUCACCAGAUGCCUAACUAACAUUGAUACUAAUAUUGUCAGUAAAACCAAUAAUAAACCAAUAUCACCUGGUUUAACAGGUUUUUCAUUCCGUCAGACUGAAAAAGUAAUCAAAAUGCAGUCAUCUCGAUAUCGUGAAUGGGGAUAUGAAGCUUCGGAAAUUUAUAGCUCCAAUGACCAGCUGAGUGAAAAAGAGCUAUCUAUAUAUCGUUCAGCUGGGAAUUUUGUUCCUGGUACAAUUCCUUUAUCUUCACCGUCAGAAAAUCUAUGUACAUUUUCUUAAAAAUGAACUGUUUUAUUCUUGUAUCAUGUGUCUAAAAUAAUUCUGUACCAAUUCAUCUACUUCUUGAUUCUAAACUAUGGACCAAGAUUUUCGUGUACCAGGGCUUUCACAUAAUCUACACAUCCAUAACUUACUUUCGAAAUCCGAUCUAAAUAAGGAUAAGCUAUGAUUUGAUAACAAAUUAUCGAGUAUGGCCUAUUCCAACAAGUGUAGACUACCCGACGAGUCCGCAUGAUUGUCGUAGCCAGUAGUUAGAGACUUUAAAUGAGAUGACUCAAAAUCGUUUGUAAUGGCGCACGUUCAUCCAUUCUUUGUUUUGCUCUAUAUUCUGAGCUUAUAAAUUUCACUAAUGUAUAUUUCCUUGAAUCGUAUCUUCGAUGCCUAAUCUUUUUUAUUACCGUUAAUACUACAGCUAUCUCUACUGUUCUAGGAUUUGUCCUGAAAGUUUCAUUUCUCUGUCCUAAUGGAGUAUGGUAGCUUGAACUGAUGCGCAUACAUGACAGGUUUUACGUUGGGACUGACUUGCUAAUUCAGACAGAUCAACAUGAACAAAAAAUUUAGCAUAAAUUCGUGCUGGUCUGUAUUGCUGACUUUGAUUUCUAACCAUAUGCAAGCUUUUAUAUUAAUGUUUGUGCCGACAGUGACAGGGGAAAUACUUUCUAGCGUCCUUCCACAUGGUUCGUAAUUACUUACUCCUGUUACCUCUCAUGGAAGAGCAUAGGCCACCCACCAGCGCUCUCCAUCCAACCUUGUCCUCGGCAAUCCUUUCCAGUUGCUAUUCAU